AUGUUCCCUGUUGAUGACACCUACAUUGAGAUACUUGAGAGCGCAACCUUAGGUACCCGGUUCUCUUUAGAAGUUGCAUCUGAUCAAGAUGUCGGUCGAAACGACUGUUUAUCCAAAGUUACCAUGUUUCAGCGAAUAAUCAUUUCAAGUGCGAAUUGACAGGAUGGGAGUAGACAUGCAGAUCAAGUCUUAGUGAAAGAGUUUGACAGAGAAAUGGAGGACUCAUACCAUUGUGGUCAUGGCAAUGGACGGUGGAAGUCCACCAAGGUCUGGCAUACCGACAGUAUAUGUCAAAGUGAUAGAUUUCAAUGACAACAGGCCAAUAUUUUUGGACAGCUUCACCAGAGUGGAACUCUAUGAGGAAGCUGAAGUAUGAGUCUUGCUAUCGCAGCUAAAUGCAACUGACCCGGACGAGGGCACGAAUGGUGAAAUAAUGAAUGGGUUGGUGGAAAAAGCGCCUGCAGACAUAGGCUACAACACAUCUUUACAAUCGAUUCCUGUGUGUUUCUCGCUGCAGGGGCUGAUUUUGAGAAAAAUACGUUUUAUAAAUUCAAAAUAUGUACAAUUAGGAUUGAUAUUCUAGAUGUUAAUGAUAAUGCCCCAGAAAUUGUCAUAGAACUGUUCGAGUUUGACAGGGUUGCCUACAUAACUGAGUCCGCGGCAGAGAGCAGCUUUGUGUCUCUGAUCAGUCCAAUGGACAGCGACUCUGGGUUCAACGGCUAUGUGCGCUGCUCUUUGUACGGCCAUGACCAGUUCAGGUUGCAACAGGCAUAUGGAGGCACGCACAUGAUUGUGACAACAACAACAACAACGUUAAAUAGAGAAAUAUUACCUGAGUACAAUCUGACUGUUGUUGAAAUGGACUUUGUAACACCGCUGUUCAAAACCACAGUAAAAUACACAAUCCGAGUGAGCAAAGAAAACGACAAUGCUCCUACGUUCAGUAAAUCGUUCUGUGAAGUUUGGGUAGAGGAGAACAAUGUAGUAGUGGACACAUUUCUAAGAUAUGUGUUAGCCAAUGAACUCGAUCUGGGCCAGAACCCUGAGAUAACAUACCGACUAAUUAAUGGUAUAUCCAGCGCAAAAUUCCCUUAAUCAAAGAGUGUCAAUCAAUUCAGUUUCAGGCUCAGCAUUAGCGUUCUACCUUGAGUUGACCAAAGAAAUUGAUGUGCAAAUACAGGCCAGUGAUGGUGGAUACCCAGUGCUAUCGAACACAACAUUGGAUAAGAGUUAUGGACCAAAAUGA